AUGGAGACGCUCCACAAGCUGGCGGGCGUCCAGCAAGUAUCAGACUCCGGCACAGAACGACCAGUCCCAGUCUCUAGCAGCCAUGGCCAGACCAUUCCUCCUCCGCCUCCGAUUCCACAAGACGAUGCUGUCGAGGUAGACUCGCAUAGCCAACACAGCGGCCUGAGAAGCGCAUCACUCCCUCUCAACCGUCGCCCAUCACACAGAUCAUUCCGCUCGCAUCGAUCGCAACGCUCGAAACACAGCAUCGCCUCACGAAACCACAGCCACGAUGCGAAUGCCAUAGCCUCAGACUAUCCACCUUCACCUCGACCUGCUCAACAGGGAGAGCAUCUGGGCCCGCAGUCGGUGCUACCUCGAGUGUCAGGCGAAACAGCAGGAACGGGCGUAGAAGAGGAGGAGGACGAGUUCGCGUGGGGCCCUUCACAUCCAUGCCACCCACACCCAAACCCACACUGCUCUCCGAACGGCGCCGAACACGCCGCGACGAGAGUGAUUCGUGUCAAGCGCGACUGGCUUGUGGCUGGAGAUCUCUACCCACAAUACGCCAACCUCUACCCCGAGAUCCUCGACCCGCUCGUCAGCGACGGUGAGUUUCGCGACCUCAUCGCAUCAAUCAAUGCCAUCCUCCAUCGCAUGCUCUCACCUUACACCACGCGGGCUUGGAUCGACAGUCUACUGGGUGCUGCGACGGGAUACGUCUGGGAUGAUCUCGGAUUGACAGGUGCCAAGAGCGGCGAGAAAGAGCUGGAGAUGUUCAUCAACAAAUGGAAUCAGGACAAGGAGAGAUCAGGCGAGGAAGUGAAGCUCAUACAGCUGAGGAGGACGGGUUUCAUGAGCUUGGACUUUGUGGUGCCAGACCCGGGAAUUGAUGUCCCCAGAGAUGAGAAUGAUGAGAGUGAGGAUGAACAGGACUUGGCGGAAGCGUUGGGCGGUGGCAUCGGACCGGCUGAGUAG